UCAAAUGCUUGAAGCUUUCAAUCCAGUAAGGCAAAAGCAAAACCACGUACUGCCGUCGCUCGAAGCCUCCUCCGAUGGCCGUUCUAUUACACCAGGCGUACUGUUCUCGUCCUCUCUUUUCAUCUUCUUCUUCUCCAUCUUCGUUUGUUAAGCUUAGAUUUUUGCACUCCAAUUCUCUCUUAUUUACUCCUGCUGCCCCUCCCGCUCUCUGUUUGCCUUUGAACACCCGCCGCCCUCUCAAGCCCGUGAAAGCUGCGAUAUCGACCGUUGAUCUUCCGGAAACCCAGGAUGCAAAGACGGAGAGAAAUCAGCCCCUUCUCGAAGUCAAAGAUUUGACGGCCGUGAUUGCAGAAUCGAAGCAAGAGAUUCUCAAAGGAGUUAACCUUGUCGUGUACGAGGGUGAGGUUCAUGUAAUCAUGGGGAAAAACGGUUCUGGGAAGAGUACAUUUUCGAAGGUUCUUGUUGGUCAUCCAGAUUAUGAAGUUACAGGAGGCAGUGUGUUUUUUAAAGGAGAGAACUUACUUGGCUUAGAUCCAGAGGAAAGGUCCCUUUCAGGACUUUUUAUGAGCUUCCAGUCUCCUGUUGAGAUCCCAGGUGUGAGCAAUAUUGACUUUCUGAAUAUGGCAUACAAUGCUCAGCGAAGAAAACUUGGUCUUCCAGAGCUUGGACCAAUAGAGUUCUUUGGUUACUUGCAACCCAAACUAGAACUUGUGAACAUGAAAGGUGACUUCCUUAAUAGAAAUGUCAAUGAAGGAUUUAGUGGUGGUGAAAAGAAGCGUAAUGAGAUACUCCAACUUGCAGUUCUGGGUGCUGACUUGGCUAUCUUGGAUGAAAUUGAUUCUGGGUUGGAUGUUGAUGCUCUUAAAGAUGUGUCAAAUGCAGCGAACAAGCUUCUGACUCCCAAGAAUUCUCUAUUGGUGAUCACACAUUAUCUACGCCUUUUAGACUUCAUUAAGCCCACAUGGGUCCAUAUUAUGGAGGACGGAAUUAUUAAGAAGACUGGUGAUAUUUCCUUAGCUAAAGCUCUUGAGAAGGAAGGGUAUAGAGGAAUCACUGAUUCCUAAUGGCUGAGGCUGACUAGUGCUAAUAGGUUGAUGGCUAUGUGACGGUAGCUAAAGGGUUCGCAAUAUGUAAAGACAAGUUGCCAAAGAUAUCAUAUCAUGGAUGCAAAAAAUGGAUGUCAAAAAAAAUAAAAGAAUCACUGCUGAAAUUGCUUGAGGUAUGCUUGAUUCAUCACGGACCAUGGUGGAUUUGAUGUGAGUGAAUUUUCAGGGAAGGAAAGAGAAUACAAUAAGAAAACGAGUUGUUUGACCGAUAGUUAAUAAUUCAGAUUGUUGUUUAAACUUCUUGAUUCAUUUAAUAACUAUAUUGUGAUAUGUACACAUGGAAAUGAAGGCUGUUUUUUCUUUUA